CGAGUCGGUGUCAUUGAUGACCUCCGUGGAAAGGAUUCUUCAGUACAUGAACCUUCCUAAGAAAGAACCUAUUACCUCGGACAAUCCACCGUCACCUACAUGGCCAUCCCAAGAACAAUUGAUUUUAAAGGAUGUGAACAUGAAAUAUCAUAUCGAUGAUUCACCAGUUUUGAAGAAUCUGAAUGCAUCCAUCGAGCCUGGCUGGAAAAUUGGGAUGGUUGGACGAAUUGACGCCGGCAAGUCCUCCUUGAUCUCGGCACUUUUCCGCUUGUUCAAUGAAGGUCUAGAAGGCGAGAUCAAAAUCGAUGGUCGGGACACAAGCACGAUGGACCUCAGUAAACUGCGCUGCAAAAUCUCCAUUAUACCUAUUAAUCAUUAUACAGAAACCUGUGCUCUUUUCUGAGAGUCUAUGUUACAAUCUGAAUUUAAUCAAUACGACUUCAAGCUAUGGGAGGUGUUGCGGCAAGUCCAGCUGAAUGAUGUCACACUGGACUGGAUACGAUAUCUUCUCUGGCAGUCAUAACUUCAACGUCGGUCAGAGGUAAUUCAUAUGCCUGGCCAGAGCCAUCUUGAAAAACAAUCGCUUGCUCG